GACUAGAUAUAUUUUUUUCACUGUACUUUGCGUUUUUCCUAUUACUACGAAAGUGUCUUGGAGUAGUUAUUUUUGUGAAAUUCCUGACUGGUAUUGUGACAACAACACUAUCAAACGACAAAUUGUAGAACAGUGUAUAGACGACUGUAUCAUUUACCGAUACUGCGCUAGCAGUAAAUGGUGCGUAUAUAAUGCAUAUCUGAAUGAAACUGUUAACAUAAAAAAGAUUGAUCUGGUGAUCUUCGAAUUUGCAAAGUUUCUGCCCAGAUGUAUGAUAAAGAAUCUUCCAAAAUUAAAGACUAUAUAUGGUAAAAAUAAGGACAUAGCCUUUGUGGAUCCAUGGGCUUUCUGGAACCUACCUAAACUGGAGGAAAUAAAUUUAUCAUACAAUUACAUUAAAGGCAUUGACUAUGGGUCCUUCAGCAAACUGUCUAGUGUUCAAACUUUAGACCUCAGUUGGAACGAAAUUGAAUACAUAGGACAAGGUUCUUUCCAAGGUAUGACAAGCUUGAAAAGAUUGGAUUUGAGUAGAAAUUAUCUUAAUCGUUUUGAUGCAACAUAUUACUUUUCUUUAACUAAUAGCGAUACCUCUUUGGCACUAGAGGAACUGAAUUUAUCACACAACAAACUGAAAUUGGUUGUUAACCUAAACAGUUUUUUACGUUUACAUGUAAUUGAUUUGAGCCACAACGAACUGUCGUAUAUAAAUUGGACGUCCAACAUUCGCACUUCACAGUGGCUAACAAAUCUAGAUUUAAGUGACAAUUACUUUUCUGUAUUUGAUCUGGAUCUGUCCAAUGUGUAUAUAGAUAAGUUAAGAAUUCCCUUUAACGAUUUGUAUCACCCUGAUGCUAUAAAUGUUGUUGCCCGUAUCAACGUCGUUGUAUUAGAUGGCAAUCUGUGGCAGUGCGAGGCUUACACUCAGCUUCUAGAGAAGUUUUUAAAAAUGCAAACUACCAUAUUGGACUAUGAAGAAGACGACGAUAUAUAUUUUCUAACCAAAUUUGAAAGGGAGAACUACCCAACAUGUUUCUUUUCAACAGAUUCAUUUUCACCGCACAGAAGUAUUUUACUUUUAGAAAGUACGUACAAAACCAGAAAAAAUCCUCGAUGCAGGACUAAAAAUCAGUGCCCGAAGGAUAUGUUUUGCAAAAGUGGUAGGUGUUGGAAAGGAUGCGAACAAAAUAUUUGCGAUGAGACUGCCGUUUGUGUUAGCGACUCCCACGGUUUCUAUUGCCAUUGCCCUAGGGGAAAGAUACCCAAUCCAUUCGUCACGGAAACUAGGUGUUACAAUGUCCAAUGUUUCGCGGACGAUGAUUGCCGCAAAUUUGGAAACAUUUGUAAUGAGAAAACGCAUAAAUGUGAAGAAAAUGUAAAAUAAAUU